AUGACCCAGGAACAGAAAUACAAAGUCGAAAAGCGACCACUGCUACGCCCUCCAAUCACGUCACAGUACGCCAGCGCCGACGUGGCCAAGAUUGUCUAUGUCUCUACCAAAACACCCUUCAUGUCGGCCGUCAAGCGUGUGCAGAAACUAUUGGCCCAAGCCGAGAAGCGCCUCGCCCAAUCAGCCGCCGAUCAAGUCUCCAACCGACCCAAAUACUCGCACACCAACGACGACAUCACCGACAUCGAGCGCGUAGCUGCCACCAUGGCUGCCCGGAAACACGAUCAAGACGAGAUAGUCCUCAAGGCAACAGGAAAGGCCAUCGCAAAGGCCUUGAGUCUGGCUCUGUGGUUUCAACAGAGAAUCGAGUACAGUGUUCGCAUCGAGACUGGUACUGUUGGCGCCAUUGACGACAUUGUCCCUCCUGAAGACACCCCAGAAGGCGAGCACCACAACAUGGAAGAUCAAGAGGAAGACAUUCCCGAAUCCAGGAUUCGCUAUGCCAGUACCAUCCAGGUCUUCGUCUCGGCCGCUACAUGA